UACGCCGGAGGUUCGAGUUCCUCUGACCGGAUAGCAUAAGUUUUCUGUUAUUCAGCCGAGUUCGACCCUGUUUUUGUGGAACUCAAACUGCUUUUGUUGUCUUGUCUCGCUCGAACACUUUUCUGCGUCUUGCAUUUAUGUCACUCUAUUAUUUGACCAAACUCUCACAAUAGUCUACGAGGCACUCGCGAGGUUUCUACGGGGUGAUUUUUGCAUUUCCCGAUCAACUAAGGACUACUUAUCCGCUACUCUGCCUCACCCAGUCAGCGUUUCGACGUGUGCCACCGUGUCGCCUCGGUCUAGCCAUGGGGAACCGGGGAAUGGAGGAUCUCAUUCCCCUCGUCAAUAAACUUCAAGAUGCUUUCAGCUCAAUUGGACAGAGUUGCAGCUUGGACCUGCCACAGAUCGCUGUGGUCGGUGGACAGAGCGCUGGCAAAAGCUCUGUGUUGGAGAAUUUCGUGGGCAGGGACUUCCUUCCACGAGGCUCAGGGAUCGUCACCCGUAGACCUCUGGUCCUUCAGCUGGUCAACAACAUAGCAGAGUAUGCUGAGUUCCUGCAUUGUAAGGACAGGAAGUUUGUGGACUUUGACGAAGUCCGCCGGGAGAUCGAGGCGGAGACAGACCGGAUCACCGGCUCCAACAAGGGAAUCUCACCCAUACCGAUCAACCUCCGAGUCUUCUCCCCCCAUGUCUUGAAUCUGACCUUGAUCGACCUCCCGGGCAUGACGAAGGUUGCCGUGGGCGACCAGCCGGUAGACAUCGAGUUCCAGAUCAAAGAGAUGCUCCUUCAGUUCAUAACCCGGGAUAACUGCCUCAUCCUGGCCGUGACGCCAGCCAACGCCGACUUGGCCAACUCAGAUGCCCUCAAGAUCGCCAAAGAGGUCGACCCACAGGGCCUGAGGACCAUCGGUGUGCUCACCAAACUGGACCUGAUGGAUGAGGGGACGGACGCCAGAGACAUCCUGGAGAACAAGCUGCUGCCGCUACGCAGAGGUUACAUUGGGGUGGUGAACCGUAGUCAGAAGGACAUUGACGGAAGGAAGGACAUCAGCGUGGCUCUCACCGCCGAGAGGAAGUUCUUCCUGUCGCACCCGGCCUACCGCCACAUAGCCGAGCGCAUGGGCACCUCGCACCUGCAGAGGACCCUGAACCAGCAACUGACGAACCACAUCCGCGACACCCUGCCGACUCUGCGCAGCAAGCUGCAGUCUCAGCUGCUCUCGCUGGAGAAGGAGGUGGAAGAGUACAAGAACUUCAAACCUGACGACCCGCAACGCAAGACCAAGGCUUUACUCCAGAUGGUUCAGCAGUUUGGCGUGGACUUUGAGAAGCGCAUCGAGGGCUCUGGAGAUCAGGUGGACACUGUAGAACUUUCCGGAGGUGCUCGCAUCAAUCGUGUCUUCCAUGAGAUCUUCCCCUACGAGCUCUUCAAGAUGAAGUUUGAUGAGAAGGAGCUGAGGAGAGAGAUCAGCUAUGCCAUCAAGAACAUCCAUGGUGUCAGGACGGGGCUGUUCACGCCGGACUUGGCGUUCGAGGCCAUCGUGAAGAAACAGAUUGUUAAGCUGAAGGAACCCUGUCUGAAGUGUGUGGACCUGGUGGUGUCUGAGCUCUCUACACUGAACCGCAAAUGUACAGAGAAGCUGAAUUCCUAUCCUCUACUGAGGGAGGAGACUGAGCGGAUCGUCACCACCCAUGUCAGGGAGCGGGAAGGCAAGACCAAGGAUCAGGUUUUGCUCUUGAUUGACAUGGAGCUGUCUUACAUCAAUACUAACCACGAGGACUUCAUCGGAUUCGCCAAUGCUCAGCAGAGGAACGCCAAUGUGAGCAAGAAGAGAGCCAUGCCCAAUCAGGUGAUCAGACGUGGUUGGCUGACUAUCAACAUCAGUAUUAUGAAGGGCGGGUCUAAAGAGUACUGGUUCGUGUUGACCGCGGAGUCUCUGUCCUGGUACAAGGACGAGGAGGAGAAAGAAAAGAAGUACAUGCUUCCUUUGGACAACCUGAGGAUCAAGGAUGUGGAGAAGGGCUUCAUGUCAACCAAACAAACCUUUGCCAUCUUCAACACUGAACAAAGGAACGUGUAUAAGGACCUGCGUCAGAUAGAGUUGUCCUGCGACUCCCAGGACGACAUCGACAGCUGGAAGGCCUCUUUUCUCAGGGCAGGGGUCUUCCCAGAGAAUGACCAGGUGGACACGGAGGACACCAGGGAGGGUGACAGCAGCUUCUCCAUGGACCCCCAGCUGGAGAGGCAGGUGGAGACCAUCAGGAACCUGGUGGACUCUUACAUCGGCAUCAUCAACAAGUCCAUCCGCGACCUCAUGCCCAAGACCAUCAUGCACCUCAUGAUCAACAGCGCAAAGGAGUUCAUCCACUGCGAGCUGCUCUCCUACCUGUACAACUCCGGCGACCAAAGCAGCCUGAUGGAGGAGUCGGCCGACCAGGCGCAGCGGCGCGACGAGAUGCUGCGCAUGUACCACGCCCUCAAGGAGGCGCUGACCAUCAUCGGAGACAUCAGCACCACCACCAUCACCACGCCCGUGCCUCCACCGGUCGACGACAACUGGCGGCAGAAGGACGGCAGUCCCCCCUCUCAGCGGCGUCCUCUGCCGGCGAGCGCUGCUCCUCCCGCUCGCCCCGCCACAGUGAGGGGUCCCACGCCGGGACCGCCACAGAACCCUUUGCCCGCUUUCGGGGCGCCCCCCACCAUCCCGACCCGUCCGGGUCCUCCCCCGGCGUUUGGGAACAGCACAAUGGAGCCCAUCCCCGCGCCCCCCCAGGUGCCCUCGCGCCCCGCCAGAGUGCCCCCUGCACUGCCCCCUGGCGUCCCCAGCAGAAGACCUCCUGCAGCUCCCAACCGGCCCACCAUAAUCCGGCCAGCAGAACCUUCUCUGCUAGACUAGGCACAAACGCACUCGCGUAUUUACACACACGCACGCACACACACGCACACACACACACACACACACUCGUACAUAGACUCAACAAAUAUACAUGUGCACACACAAAACAUUUUGGUGCCCACACACUUGUACACACAAGUACAAAGGCAAGUCUGUACAGUAAGGCCAAGGUCACAUAGACACAUACAAAGUCUUAAUAACGAUCUCAUAUGAAAACAAGUUUGUAAGAUAACCUUUGAAUGGAACACACACACACACACACACACACACACACACACACACACACACACACACACACACACACACACACACUCACACACACACACUGUCUCUCUCUUUAGGGACCUCAUGACUGGUGACAUUAGCCAUGAUAUAAAUUCAGCUGUCACCUUUGACCUCAUUUCUGAUUGGUCCAUUGAUGUUUGAUUAUUCCUUAUAAUAUUCCAACAUAAUUCAAAGGGUUAUAAUAGACUUUGUAAUGUUACAAUGGUGUAUUUACUGAUUUUUUUUUUAUUUCUGUGUUCAAAGUGCUCAGCAAGCUUUAAGACACUGAAACUAAACUCUCUCAACGUUUUCCAAGGAAGUUGAAUUAGUCUGUAAAAUGGUGGACAGGAUGAGACUUUCUACAUUUUUAAAUGUGUAUUAAAUCUUAUAAUUGAGUUCUGUUCAUCAUUUUCAGUGCAUGCCAGGUGAAGUUUAGCAAAGCAAAGCAAAGCAAAAUUCUCCCAAGCUGGUUUGUUUAUUUAUAUGAUGCAUCCAUUUUGUCUGUGAUUGUCCAUGUACCCACAUCACGAUGCAUCCAUUUUGUCUGUGAUUGGCCACGUACCCACAUCACGAUGCAUCUAUGUUGUCUGUGAUUGGCCACGUACCCACAUCAAUGGGUUUCCGGCUUCAGUUGGUGGAAAGAGAAAACCAGACAAAUGACCAUUUGGGUCAAAUGUACAGAUGACUUGGAAUUCCGUUCCACAUAAAUGGCCUUAGAUGGCCUGUGAGAUGGACAGUCAUUAGUUUUACAGCUCAGAUGGAAGCCGUGUUUGGGUCCGACCUGCUUGCGGGCCCUGGCCUGGCCCAGAAACUGCCCUGUUCCGCUGAAGAGUCUGGAGUUUGCUGCAACUUGGGAGUCAUUUAAAUGACCAGACAUACAUUUCAAUUGGAUGCCUCUGUAGAAAGCACUCCAUAUAGUUAGUCGUUCUUUUUACCCUUCAUUUUGUCUUUUUUUUCUUCCAUUUGGUCGUCUUUUUUCGCAACUUCAGAUGAGUAUAUAUGUAUUUUUAUAUGCACUUUUCCUGUUUUAUUGUAUGAUCCUUACUAUGCAGGGCUAUACUAUGUAUUCCUAUCCCAAAAACUUAACCAAGGAUCAGUUCAAACCAUUUCAGAAUGACCUACCGCCAAAUGACCUAUUGAAGUUGGGACAAGGGUUGUUGGGUUGAUGGUUGAUGAACUUAGCUUAGUAUUUGCUCUGUAAGAUCACCACGGCCAUGAAAACCUACUGUCUGUCCUCGUGUCGUCGUAGAGGACCCCCUCGCAGUGCAUUUCAAUGGUCAGGAGGUUGGGUUGGAGAGUUGGAGGGGUCGGGUCAUUUGUAUCAUUUCAUUUUGAAACUGUCCACCAGUGUUCAGUAGACAUUUUGAAAACUCUCCACCAGUGUUCAGUAGACAUUUUCUUCUCGGCCUGUGGGAUCUGUUUUCUGGUACCUCAGUAUUCGUCAGUGUCUACACCUUGGGUCGUCACCCUCAUGUCUUAGUCCUGCGUGUCCCACAAUCCCACAUUCCCCUUCCCAGACCUCUCUCCUCCAUUUUAUAUUUGGUGUUUUUCCGACAUGUCUUCUUUUGAAAAGCAGCUCCUGUUGUUUUUGUUUAAGUGCCUCUUAAGUGUAUCUCUGUUUUAGAAUUACACUCACGACUUGGUGAGGGGGGGAGGGGGGGGGUCAACGAAAGCAAUGCCUUUAAAAUGAUGAAAAAUGAAAUAAAUUGGAUGAAAUUGUUGACAUGAAAUGAAUAAAAGGGAUCGUCAUUGGCAAA